AUUGGGUUGAUUAACAGAAAGGAUGUUCGAGUGAUUUAAACAUGUGAUAUUCCGAGGAAGACAACGAGAUGUGCUGCCACGUCAGUGAGCAACUGUAACAUGUCGUAUUUUUUGAAACUAAACAAAGCUUCAACGAAACUUGAUGUGCAGAACUUGAUGAGGAGCAAUUCCAAUUGUCAGAGAGUAUGUUUGAAUCCUUCGUGGUACCAGUAAUCAGGGAUAUAAUAUCUAGUGGCACAAUUCGGCGAAUGACAGGCGUUUCCACAAUGGGGGACAACAAAAAAAUUAAUGCAUCUAGCUUACGAUCAGGCCCUGCUGGAGAACCGGAGACGUCUGGAUCAAUAGAAGUUGACAACUCGAGUACAGUUCUACUGAAAAUAGCCACACUGUAUGCCGAGCGGUUGAUGAAUGAUAUUUGCCUUAUAGUAGACAGUGUCGAAUAUCCGGCUCAUCGUCUAAUUCUAUGUGCCUCCAGCGACGUUUUUCAGGUGAUGCUAAUGAGUCCGCAAUGGACAGAAUCACAAGAAAGUAGAGUCACAUUGCAGGAAACACCGCAGUGCGCUGCUAUAUUCAGCGAAUUUCUACGCUACUUUUACACAGGCCAGAUAAGGAUCAACUAUGGAGUGGUUCUACCUAUUCUAUCUCUGGCAGACAAGUAUAAUGUGAGGGAUUUAAUUUCUCUCUGUAUCAGUUACAUGCACAGCCAUAUUGCUGCAGCAGCUACUCAUGGCCUGCUUGUUUCUUGGUUACAAUACACUACAAACUGUGGACAUCGUAUGGUAGCUCAGUCCUGCCAGAAUUUCAUAAAAUGGAAUUUGGAAUUAGUUGCCAAAACAGCUGAUUUUGAAAAUUUUGAACCAGAUGUCCUCGUGUCGCUCUUACAUCAGAGCAGUUUGGUUGUUAGGGAUGAAAUGACUCUAUACGAAUGUCUGGAAUCCUGGCUGGAUCAUCAGGCAUGUCGAUUGAAGAUUGAACUUCUCCCCGUAGACCUCGACGCAGCAUUAGAACAGAUAGUCAUUGCUGUUAUGUCCUGUGUCAGAUUUCCAAUGAUGUCACCCCGGCAGUUGGCAAAGUUGCUGCUCUCGCCAUUGACAAAAAAGUACAAGGAAUUUUUUGUUGAAAGAAUGGCUAUUGGAAUGUCAUUUCAUUCGGGACAAUACGAGAGAGUCAAUGAAGUUACCAGAACCGAGGAAGAUGGUGGUCUGCUUUUUGAACCCAGGUUGUACACGAACGACACAUGUAGCUCUUUGCUUACCAUAGAAAAUUUCCGUAGCUUACCUUCUUAUCACACCAGAACACUGGUUUUCUCAAGUCAUUCAUAUUUGGCUGAAUGUGCGGGAGAUCGAACCUGCGAAUGGGUUGUAGAUAUUUACCCUAAAGGCGUAUGGUUCAAAACAUUUUUCCUUAUAGUUUGGCAGGGUAAUGUCGAAGUACCAGAGCAUGUGAUUAGAUCGGUAAGAUUAUCUCUCACUUGUAAGGAACCACCACCCGCUAGCGAGCCUGAUAUGCGGGUAAAAAUAGGUGUUUUGUUUUAUGGUCUACAAGACGGCGUAGAACACAUAGCCAGAGUAAGUGAAGUCAUUCACAGGUUCAGCACGGAUGACCGCGUCCUCAACUUGGAUGACCUUUUACCCUUCGAAGAGCUCAACCCAAAGCAACCCUCAGUUGGGAAUGUCGUUUCACCCUUUCUCGUCGGCCCCAACAAAGAUAUGCUCAAAUUGCACAUUGUUAUAUCUCCAGCAAAUUCAAUAGAGUCCCAGGCUCGGAAACGUUCUCAAGAUAUGUUUAGUUUAUGAUAUAUGAUCAUGAGGUUUUCAGUAAUAUGUCAGUCAAGGCAUGUAGUGACCGUGUUUAGAGAUUCCAACUUGAUCAGAAACUGUACGAGUAUAGUCACUGUGAUUAUUGGAACAGUAUCUUAUGUGUAUGAACUUUUGAUAUAUGGAAUCUACAAAUAAUAAUACACCAUCAUUGGUAAUACAUGCACUACUAAUGAGCAAACUAAGUUCGCAGACUUUUAUUCAUUAUACCAAUUUCUUUCCACCAGCAGUUAUGCCUGUACUAAUCAAGGCUGUAUUAAUAAUUUUCGUCAGUCUCAGCUGCACUCCUAACAGAUCAAUACCCGCAGUUGCGUACCGAUAGCCAACUUAUUUAAACAUAUUGUAAUGUUGCAUCUUAUAUCCUAUCACACAUAACGCCUUGAAUAAAGUUUGGUUCAAAAUGUAA